GUGUAUAAAAGCAGCAGGUGUGUUUUGCUCCAGUAUGGGCACCUUUUCUGUUGUUAUACCAGUUAGACAGAAAACGCAUCAGUUACUGUUGUGCACCAGUUUUGAGAAUGGCCAAGAAAGUGCUGAUUGUGUAUGCCCAUGAGAGCCCAGCCUCCUUCAAUGCUGCUGCCAAAGAUGCUGCUGUGGCAGCCCUGACUGCUCAAGGCUGCACUGUAGAGGUGUCUGACCUGUACGCCAUGAAGUUCAAAGCUGCUGCUACUACUGAGGACAUAACUGGUGGAGUGAAGGAUGCUGAGAACUUCUGCUACGCAAAAGAGAUCAAAUUGGCAUCAGAGGAGGGCAGACUUGCAGAUGACAUCAAAAAAGAGCAGGAGAAGCUCAAGGAGGCAGACCUUGUCAUCUUUCAGUUCCCCAUGUACUGGUCAUCUGUUCCUGCAAUCAUGAAGGGGUGGAUGGAUCGGGUGUUGGGCUUUGCCUACGCACAGGAGAAGCGGUACAGUGAGGGCAUCUUCAAGGACAAGAAAGCCAUGCUGUCCUUCACCACUGACUGUCCUGAAUCUGUGUACAGUGACACUGGCAUCAAUGGUGACAUCAAUGUCACACUGUGGCCACUGCAGAACGGGAUCCUGAACUACUGUGGCUUCCAGGUUUUUGCCCCUCAGAUCUUCUGGGAUCCUGCUACUGGUUCUCCUGAAUCUCGCAGCUCCAUGCUGGAGGGCUGGCGCACACGGCUGCAAAACCUCUGUGGGGAAGCCACUGUGUACUUUGCUCCCUUGGACUACUUUGACAAGGAGAAGGGUUUCCUGCUGAAGCCUGAGGUCAAAGAGAAAUAUGCCAGCAAAGAGUCUGGCCUCACAGUGGGGAUCCACAUGGGCAAGCCACUGCCAGCCAACAGCCAGACCAAGGCCGGGGUCUGACGAUGGAGUGGGUCCAUGUAAUGUCUUGAUCUUAAAAUGUAUUCUUUGCUUGAGGCAAUAUGCUCAAAUGUUACUAGCCAUUACACGUGCAGGUUGCGGAUUUAUAGAAUGAGACAAACAAAUGCAACAAAUUGACCUUAAAAUAUUACUCUGACUAUUGUUGAGUCUGCAACAAAAUAAAAGACUUGUACUCA